CCACUCGGCCCUGACGGGGCAGGCAGAGCCGGCGGGGGCCCUCUUUCAGCUGCUCUGCGAUGGCGGCCGGCGUGUUCCUCCGGGCGGGCCGCUUCCCGGGGCUGGAGGCGGCCUCUCCCGGUCCGGGGGCCGCGGCGCCCCUGUCGCGGCGGGCGGAGGCGGCCGGGCUCUCCUCGUCGGAGGACAGCGAGGAGGAGGCUGGCGGCGGCGCUGUGUCGGCCCCUCGCGGGCGCUGCGGCGUGGUGGGCCCCCCCGGGGGCGGGCGGCGGCGGGGGGCGCCGGGCAAGCGGCCGGGCGUCGCGGCGGCGCAGAUCAUCCACUCGGGCCACUUCAUGGUGUCGUCUCCGCACAGCGAGCACCCGCCCAAGAAGGGCUACGACUUCGACACCGUCAACGAGCAGACCUGCCAGACGUACCGCUUCGGCGCGGCCGCGGGGGCCGGCGGGGGAGGCGGCGCGGCGGGCGAGGGCGGCGGGGGAGGCCGCCUCAGCAUCGACGCCUCGCUCACCAAGCUCUUCGAGUGCAUGAGCCUCGCCUACAGCGGCAAGUUGGUUUCACCCAAGUGGAAGAAUUUCAAAGGCCUGAAGCUUCAGUGUAGGGAUAAAAUCCGGCUCAACAACGCCAUCUGGAGGGCUUGGUACAUUCAGUAUCUGGAGAAGCGGAAGAACCCUGUGUGCCACUUUGUGACUCCCCUGGAUGGUUCUGUGGAGGUGGAUGAGCACCGGCGCCCUGAGGCUAUUGCAACAGAAGGGAAGUAUUGGAAACGGCGGAUAGAAGUAGUAAUCCGAGAGUACCACAAGUGGAGAACCUACUUCAAAAAAAGGUUGCAGAAACAUAAAGAUGAAGACCUCUCCAGCUUGGUCCGGGAUGAUGACAUGUUCCUCUGGCACAAAGAGACAUACGGCAGGGAAACACCAGUCCCUAUGGAACUGGACUGCCUCUUCAGCACAGACAUGCUUAUGUCAGAGCUGCCAGACACCCUCUUCUCCACACUGUCGUCUCACCAGCCGCUCUCUUGGCCAAAUCCCAGAGAGAUAGCACACUUAGGAAAUGCUGACAUGAUUCAGCCAGGACUCAGCCCUCUCCAGCCAAACUGUAUGGAUACUUUUGAGUUUUUUCAAGAUCUUUUCUCUUCCAGUCGUCCUAGUUACUUCAAUGCAAGCCCCAUCACUCCUACUGCCAGCUCUGCCCUGGAAGACACCUGCAGCCAUUCUUCCCAGACAUCCGACCUCUCUUCGGGUUCUUUGCCCAACACGCUUCCCCCAGUGAACCUCAGCGAAGGGCUCGUCACCACCCCAGUUCCUGCCCCUAUCAUUCCCUCUGCAACGGACGUUGGUGCCGACCAGUGCCUUGGCCUGAGGAGUGGGACGGACUCCUUCCUGCAGCCCUCCAGCUUCAAUUCUGAACCCCCUCUGAGCAGCCAGCCACAGUUCCUGUCUCCAUUCCCGGCUCUGGUGCCGCUCCUUCAGCCAGGCGUGCUGCCUCAGACGUUGCCGCAGCAGACUGCGCUGCCUCUGAAUGCCGGCAUGGCUUCCCAGGGGUCCAUGUUUGCUGCUUCAGAGGUCCCAAAGUUUGGGCUCAAGUCUUCGGUGAUCACUCACACAGCCUCAGCCACUCCGACGCACAAUGUCCCAGCCACCACCUUCAGCCAGAGCCAGGCUGGCCUCCUGGCAACUCAGCAGCCAGGGGGAGGAGUGCCUUGCAGCCUGACCCUCCAGACUGCCGUGGCACAAAGACAGCCUCUGCUGCAGCCACGUCCCACCUUCGCGCUCCCAGUGGCCAGUGGCGGGACGAGGUCCAAGAAGCUGCAAAAGAUAGUGCCUGGUCGAAAGCCGGAAACCGUCUCCUUGGUCUUGAAAGAUGCCUUCAUUGCCCCAGCUGCCUUUCAGGGACAGUCCAGAGCUGUGAUUGUAACUCCAGCGCCAUUGAAAAGAGAAGGGGUUUGGGCCCCAAGGAUGUCUCAGCCCAAUGUUGUAAUUGCACCUUCUGGAAUGGCCAGAGCACCCAGAGCAACAGAAUUCCACAGCGGUAUUCUGCUCAGCAGCCCAGGCCAGCAGUCUCCAAGCCCCCAGCCAGUCCAAGCUGCUGUUCCGCAUCUUUUUUCUUCCAGUGCAAUCCAGGAGGUGCUGGUGAAAGGCGAGCAGGCCCCUUCCCACAAGACCUGCUCACAGGUCCCCUCGCCUUCACCCAGCAGAGACUGUCAGGCCUCGCCAUGCCCUUCGGACCUCAGUGCCAGCCCUCAGUCCCCACAGAACAGCUGCUCAGGGAAAACUGCAACUGAUCCUCAGAUGACUGCUUUUAAGAGUCGCAGGAUGAAGCAUAUUUCAGCAGAACAGAAGCGAAGGUUCAAUAUCAAGAUCGGCUUUAGCACCCUGAACAGCUUGGUGUCAGCAAACUCUAAAUCGAUCAGCCAUGCCCUCACACUCCAGAAGACGGUGGAAUAUAUCGCAAAGCUUCAACAGGAGAGAUCCCAGAUGCAAGAAGAAGCCAAGCGCCUCCGGGAAGAGAUUGAGGAUCUGAAUGCUGCCAUCAUUUCUUGUCAGCAGCAGCUCCCGGCUACAGGUGUUCCCAUCACACGGCACAGGUUUGAUCAGAUGCGGAGCAUGUUUGAGGAAUACGUCAGGAGCAGGACCCUGCAGAAUUGGAAGUUCUGGAUCUUCAGCAUCAUAAUUAACCCAUUGUUUGAAACAUUCAACGGAAUGGUCUCUACAACCAGCUUAGAAGAGUUGAACCAGACAGCACUGGCGUGGGUAGACCAGCACUGCUCCCUGCCUGUCCUGAGGCCAAUGGUUUUGAACACUCUUCGCCACUUGAGCAUAACCACCUCCAUUCUCUCUGACCCGUCUCGCUUGCCAGAACAAGCUACCGAGGCAAUGCGCAAGCUCAACAAAACAGAAACCUAACCAAAGGCAACAGCGUGACCUCAAGCCGCGACAGACGCCCAAGCCUUACCGAGGCCCAGAGAGACCUCCUUGUGGUUGAUUCAACUUCCAGCACAUGGGGGGGGCUUGGCACUUGGCCGAGAAAGAUGUGUGGCGGUGGGGGGAGCCAAGGGCGACAAUUGUGAAAUGCUGUGCUUGGGUUUGGUCAAACGGGAAAGCCAACUCAGGUAACUACGCAGAGUGAGAUAUCUGCACCUAGCAAUAGAAGCACUCCUUCAAUGCAACAUACUGAAAAUAUAUGCAGUGCUGAUGUUUUUCUGCAACUUGACCUCAGGCAUCAUGGCUCGGAGAGGAGGACGGAGGGGGCCAUGUGUUAAAAGGGAAAUGCAUUUCCAUCUUUGUGAAAUAUAACUUGCUUUUAUAUUUUGUUACUGGACUUUUGGUCUCCCUUCUACUUGGGAUUCUGGCUUCAGCCUUCACUGGCUAAGACUUAUGCACCCACAUGACCCAUAUUGGCAGGUAGCAGAGCAUAAAGUUCCUUCCUGCUGCCGUAGUAAAAGGCAAAUCGCCUUUGAACCAGAGCUAAGCUAUGUUGGUUGGCUACGGUGGGAACAGGAUGCUGGACUAGACCAGCUCUUCUCCCGUUCUUCCCCUGCAGAUUUUGAAAUGGCUUUGGGAAGGGGAAAGGGGCAUAGUGUUUCUUGUCUCCCACUGGACCCUGGCAGAUGUUCAGGUGCAUCAGAAGCAGUCCUUUGGAUCCUUACUGGUGACUGGGGUGGGAAAUACAUUCAUAACCAAAGGAGAAAAUUUAAAAUUUUUCACAACUGUACCCAGAAUGCAGGAUGUAUUUUGUUAAUGUGAAAUCCGCUCUAGCUUUGUAGCCUUUGGGAAGCCAAGAUAUGCUGACACGCCCAUCCCCUUUACACAGGAGAGUGUUUCUUUAAGCUUUGCUCAUUCUGUUCUUAAACAGAAACCUUUUAACUCCUGUGCAGCUAGUUUAAGCUCUAGGCUGUGUGUUAGCCUUGCAAAGGGGUUCACAAAAGUUACUAGCCCACCAGCAAAAAGUUCAGUAGCCUGCCUGCCCACACAUCUUAAUGGCAUGCUAAUGGCUUCCAAAGCAAAACUUGCCUGCCUGGUCACCUCCAGUGGCUUCUUGGUUGCCCCAGGCCGCAAGCCUGUCCCUGAAAACCCAACACAAAUGACUUAGUGCCACCAGAGAGAUGUGAACUGUCUUUUUAACUUUAGGAAACAUGUCCCUAGAAACAUGAUAUGUUCUAGCCAUUUAAAAGCCACUUCAGUUCCUACCACCCUGCUCAGCUAUAAUAUUCCUUAACCAGGAGGUUACUUCAGGCUCUGGUUAACAUUAACCAAGGUUUAAGGCCAGCAGAGGGAAUUUAUGCCUGAGAGGCAGGCUGUGCUUUGGGGGGGCGGGGGGACAUGUGUCCCACAGCCUGCCUCUACCUCUACUAAGAUGAUGACAUAUGCAGACAACAUCUAGAAAGAACGUAUGCUUGGAGUGUGGGGUAUAAAAGAAAUGCCGCUUAAGAUUCCGUUUGUCAUCUACAGUUUUUAUAAUUUAUAACAAGCUACAGAUGCAUGUCAGUCUGCUGCAAUUUUUUUGCUUGUCAAAAAGCAUGGGGUUUUUUUAAUCGAUUAAUAUUACCCAUUAAUUGAUUAAACAUUGCAGCCCUACUAAUAAGUAUUUGUGAAUUUUAUAGCUGCUGAAUGUACAAUGCAGAUUUGGCACAGAUCCCAUUCUGCUUCCUGUUUUCAGGCCCUUUUCAGCUUGUUGCAUUUAAUUUAGAAUAGUGGUGUCUGUCUGUCUGGUCAUCUGUUCCAGAAGAACUCCAUGCAGCUAUGCAGGAGGCUGGCCUGAUACUGUGAAUCAUUCUUCUUCUCCAACUCUUCUUAUCCCAGUUGUCUCUGCACUUUGCAUUUUGCUCCACCCUACUUUUAAAUAAUAAUAAUAAUAUCUGAAGUGCUUUUUAAAAGUCUGCAUUUUUAAAAUCUAAAAGUUCACCAGGGGUCUGCAUAAUCCAGGACCUCCUUGGACCUUCCUCCUCCCUGGAACUGGUCCUCCAUAGCUGUCUCUCAGUAAGCUACAUUUGCAGGAGGAGGGACCAGAUUAGAAUCAUAGAAUUGGAAGAGACCACGAGGGUCAUCUAGUCCAACCCUCAGCAAUUCAGGAAUCUUUUGCCCAGCAUUGGGCUUGACCCCGAGUUUCAUACUCUACUGACUGAGCUAUCCCAGCUCCUUUCCCAACUCCUGGUUUCUUCUCUCAGCCCUCCGGCUCCUACUUGGGUGUAACAGGGACUGGUACCAUACAUGCUUUCUCCCCAGUGUGGGCUGCCUCUGGAGGGUCAGCUUUCUCCGGUUACCCUCAGCAUCCUGUUCAGUGGACCUUGUCCCUGAAGCCACAGCCGUGCACAUAACAAUGCAAUAUCUGUUGAGGAGUAUUUUAAAACCGACCUGCUCAAUGAAUUUGGGUUUUCUCUGCAUCAGAAUGACUGCAGGCUACCUAAAAACGUAGCAACAGUUUUGUCCUGUGACCUGCCAAGAAUUCCAGCUAAUGUUGGAGUAGAGCAUCAGUUGCCAGCAUCUGCAGAGCAGCUGACAAGGUGAUUUCUGCUGGCUCUGGUGGCAUUGGAGGGAGGGGGCUGCAGAGCUAGCAAGCACCUUUCUCCCUUCCCCGAAUUAUGAGGAAGGCUCCUGAACCAUCUCAUAUUAUUUCAUACAGGCCUGGCAGUUAAUAAAAUAGACAGGAGCUUCCUGGCAUGGGCCAGAAUUAGACUCUGGGCCACUAGCUGACCUGUUGUUGUGUGAAAAGAAUUAUGAGCUCCCUUUCACCCAGUUCUGUUACUUCAAUGUUUUUCUGAGACGUUGGCAGCCAUAGCAGUAUUUGAAGAGGAUUCUUGCCAAAAAAAACCAAGACACUAAACCUCAAGCUGUAGUGGGGGAUGGGCAGUUGCUCUGAACUGUCUCUGUUUGUGGCCCCAAGUUCCUCUACUCUCCCAUUUCUUCAAACAUACUUUGAAAAUCCACUGCCGUCUCCUCCUAAGACCUGCAACCAACUCCAGAAACUGGCCUAGUGAACAAAGAUUGAUGCAGGGGAACACACACAAUCCAAUCGUCAGUUGACCACAUUGAGCAAGCAGAAUUAGCAAGUGUUGCCACUUCCUGACUCUGAGAAAGAGGCUGAUGCAGGAGAACGAACUCUUGUGGGUACCUGGACAGGAGACUUCAUGCCUGUCCAACACCUGAACAGCUCUGAAAGCAGCAGGUGUUCCUCUGUUUCAGGAGCUGUCCAUUGUCAUUCCCUUGCUCUCCUCAGGUUGCGGCACUCUGCAAACAAGAGAGGUUUUUAAACUCCCCAUUUGCUGAAAUGUUUUCAGUUUACCUUCUUGCACAAGAGCAUUUAGCUUGGGAACGGAACACCCACCUUUUCCAGGAGCACUGACCAUCUUUACUCUGCAAACCAUAAAGAGGUCAGCCUCUUUGCUUUUCAGAAGCUGCUCUCAGGUACUUGCCUUCAGUGCAAAGAUGGAGUUGGGUUCGUGAGAGUUCUUUGUGUGGAAAAGAGCUCUGCAAUAGACACAUGCACACAGUUUUGUUCUGCCUGAGCCUCCUUGGGUGUCCCAAGGUUUGGCUGUUUCUCUUAGCAUACAGUGGCAUAAAUAGUGCUGGCUUGGUUGACCCCGAUGUGAACAUGGCAAGGAUCCUUUUCCUUUUAAGACCAUCUUCCCCAACAUGGUGCCCUCCAGAUGUUUGAAUUACAGCUCCCAUUGCCACUGAAUUUUGGUCAUGGUGGCUGGAGGUGAUGGGAGUAGUUGGUCCAAAAUGCAUAAAUGCCACCAGGCUGCGUGAAGGCUGGUUUAGUAGUUUCAUCAGCUGUCUUCACACCUCAUGAGCUGAACCAGAGAAAAAACUUCCUUUUGGACCAGGGAUGAGAAUUUGGGAGCUCUAGCUCCCAUCAGCCCCUGAGAGCCUGGCCAGGACAUCAUUUGGCAGGGCACAAGUUCUCCACCCGUGUCUUGGACUGACUGUUAAGAGCUGAAGAACCCUUUCUCCUUGGCAUCUAGUCUCCUAAGGGUAUCACUCCAGAGAUGCUUAACACUGCCUACCUUUGCUCAGGUGAACCUUUUUCUUAUGAACUCUACCAUCAUUUUCCUCAGCCAGACAGGUGGUGAGCAAUCGAGAUUCUGUAUGGCUUUGAAAAGGUACCAGCGUUGCAGAGAGGUAGUUUCCAUAUGAUUGUACUUUGGAAGGUUGUGGAUAUUUUGGGACUUGCUUUAAUCUGAAUGAUGCUCAUAAAGUUGCAUUUUGCUUAAUAAAUGGGGUUGCAAGUAGUACAGAUAAUUGUAUAUUUCCUCAAUUAUUGUUCUGGGCAAAAUUGCUUGUUUUGCAACUACAAACGAUAAAGGCUUUUAUAAUUAA